UUCGGUAAUUCCUCAUUAGCGUGCGAGCAGCUAUAGUGGACGGUCGUAAAAUUUAAAUAUCCACCUUGCCCAGGUCGUUUGCGGUUACCGCUUGCAUAACAUUGCGUCACCCAAAGAUUCUUCUGUAAUACUUUUAACGUUUUUGCCACCUGGUUCUUAGCCUCCGACUAGUGCAUUUUUUAUCUAUAUUUGUUACUAUUAUUAAAGUAUCUUUUAUUGGAUAUGACGAGUGAUCGUUUUGUUUUUCGUCGCAAUAAUCUUGGCCCCAAGACUGGAAACUAGUCAUUUGAAUACGAUAUUGCCUCCGAAGUGAAAUCGAUAGUGAACAUCCAAGAUCAAUGUAAAGAUUGUGUGUCUAGGUCUCGCAAAGAUACUGAAAUACAGAUUGGCAUUUAUAUAAAGUUAUAUAUCAAAUAAAAAUCGAGAUUUGUUUUAUAAUUAUUGCGAUAAGACAGUGAUCUAAAAUGCAGUAUUGGUGUCGUUUGUUCGUGUCGUUUAUGCUAAUUGCAACUAUAGCAGGACAAUGGAAUAAAGGGAAAAAUAAUGAGAAAUUGCGUGUUUGCAUCGUUGAAGGACGAGGAUUAUACAGGAAAACCGAAAAAUUCUGUCCGACUUUGGAAAGCAAAUCCAAUAUAGAAUGCGUGAUUGGUGUGGACCGAUUAGACUGCAUUCGAAGAAUCCAGAAAGGAUCAGCUCAUUUUGGAGUUUUCUCGGCUGAAGACUUGGUUGCAGCAAGAUGGGCCACUACAGAUAUUUUAGUUACCAGUGAAAUGCGGUUCCACAAUACUCCCUUCGAAUACGAAGUUGUCGCUGUUGUGGAUAACGAAGCUGGAAUUCACUCACCACAUGAUCUACGCGGCGCGAAAUUCUGCCAUCCAGGACAUGGUAUUGAACCGCAUUGGACAGAGAUUUUGGCUAACUACUUCGAAUCGAUGCUUCUUCCAAAACUCUGCGAAUCUGACCUGUCACUCACAGAAUCCCGAAUCAAAGCCAGUGCAAAUUUCUUCGGAUCGUCCUGUAAAGCUGGACCUUGGGUCCCAGAUCGGAUACAAGAUAGGAUCCUGAAAAAUCGCUAUCCUUCUUUGUGCGAAUUAUGCUACGAUUCAUACCGUUGUGGGGUUGGUGACAAGCAUUGGGGACGACGUGGAGCACUUUAUUGUUUGACCACUGGAGGUGGUGAGGUUGCCUGGGCACGUUUGGACGAUGUUAGGAGUCACUUUGGUUUCAGUGGAUUAAUUGCAGAAGCAAACCCAAAUGAGUAUAGCUUCCUCUGCCCAGAUGGAUUGCUGCAGCCGUUGAACUCUACGUACCCAUGUGUGUGGGUAGCGAAACCAUGGCAAGCAAUAGCAGCGAAAAAUACCCACGCUGCAAACAUUCAGGACAUCGUCCAUAACUUAUCUCACUAUGAUGCCGAUUGGAAGCAUGCGCUCCUCAGCCUCUUGGAAACAUAUCACGUAAACAUCACAUCACUCGACACAACUGUUCCUAUUGGAGAUUACCUAGAGCAAGCCGUAGGAUUCCAAAGUGCCUACAGUUUUCCAUCAUGUAAUCCUCCACGAUCAAUUGUAUUCUGUACUACGUCCCUCAUCCAACACUCAAAAUGCUCCUGGUUGCAGGAAGCUGCUUCAGUUUAUGGAAUCGAACCAAAUCUACAAUGCAUUCGUACCGAAAGCUUAGAAAGAUGUCUGGACGAUACCAAACAUAAAGCAGCCGAUGUAGUCCUUGUUGACCAGGACCACCGAGUAAAAGCUCAAAAGGAAUACAAACUUAAACCAAUCUUAUAUGAAUUCUCAAAAACUAUGCAUGAACGAUAUGUCACAGUUGCAAUUGUGAAGGACUCGAAUUUGAAAACAAUGAAUGACUUACAAGGACUUAAGGCGUGCUUCCCAUCCCACGCUGGAGCAGCUUAUCUAUCGGUUAUGGAAACGCUUCGUAACGUCUCAAAAAUUAAAUACCCAGACCUUGAGGAAUACUUUUCAUCGGAUUCCUGCACAUGGAAAACCGAUAACUGUCCUGAAAAAUUCAAGGGCGAUGAAGGAGCCCUAAGAUGUCUCCUUGAAUCUGGCAGUGUAGCCUUCCUUAGCUAUGAUAUCUUCAAGAAUUUCACGGAAGGGAAACUCAACACAAGUUGGACAUUCUCUGGAAAUCGUAAAAUGUUUUCCACUGUUUGUCCUCAUGGUAAAAAUGCGAAGGACGAGGUCUGCUACUUACACUGGACGCCCAGAGGCCAUCUAAUGAUUCAUGCGGAUACAAGUCUGAUUCGACGUAAUGAAAUUCAUAAUUCGCUUCGGGACAUGGACCGACUUUUUGGAAAGGAUAUGAAAGCGCAUACGCCGUCGUUUACUAUGUUUGGGCCUUUUGAUAAGCGUAAUAACAUUAUCUUCAGAGAUAAUACAGAAGGCUUGAGAGGAUUCGUAGAGCUGAGUAAGGAUAAAAUGCCUAGGUCAAUGGAAGAUGUGUACGAUAUGUACAGUGCGGAUAAAUAUGUAAAUUCAGAAGGAGUUAGAACUACAACUAGUAUUCUAGGAAUAGUGUUAGUAUUGACUGUAGCCAUUUUUAGAUAGAAGCAUUUAGGGUAUCUUUUAAUAAGGAAUAAACUUAGUUUUCCAUUGUGAUAUUAUUUUUAAAUUAUAUCAAAGACCUGUCGGAAUAAAUGAAUACAGUAAAUAAA